CGCGUCUCUUCCCACCCACCCGCCUUUUCGGCACAGGCUUUCGCCAUGCCAUACGUCUCGAGAUGGGCUGGUGCAGCCGCGAUCGCAGUUGGCCUAGGGCGGAUGGCUAGGUCUCAGUCGACAAACGUGACUUGUCCGACUUCCUUGUGGUGGGCAAAUAACACGAUGGGCCAAAAUCCGUGCCUCAUGGCAGCUUAUGCCUACGAACCUUGCUCUGGCAACGUUGAUGUUACUACGUUGGCAAGCGGCACUGUUUACUCCGGCGCAGGCAACCAAACCAGCCUAGAGGGGUGUCUCUGUAACACCGUGACCUAUUCCUUAUUCGCAGCGUGUGCGACGUGCCAGAAUGUAGCUGCUCAAGACUGGGCCACCUGGAGCGGCGGGUGCUCAGGAAGUACUAUCGGGCAACUACAGUAUCCACCGGGCGUUCCUUCAGGAACUGUGUUUCCUCCAUGGGCAUAUCUCCCGAUCGUUAACAACGGGUGGGAUGAAAGCAUAGCACAGACAAACGCCUCCUUAGUGGCAGUUGCCAUGUCCACAUCGGCGGCCAUCUCAUCCUCAUCCAUCGCAUCCGUAUCAGCGACCUCUGUUGCCGCAUCCUUGUCAAACGCCGCCAUUGCCUCCUCGUUAUCUGUUCUCCAAGCCUCGCAGACCGCGGGGUCAAGCUCGUCGCAUAGCCACACGGGUGCAAUCGCGGGCGGUGUUGUUGGUGGCGUAGUCGGGCUCGCCCUGGUUGCAGGCGCUGUCUUCGUUUUCCUUCGGCGCCGCAGGAACAAACAAAGUGGCGUAUCUGGCGCCUACGCUGACCCAAGCAACAGUCAGCCGGAGAUGUACCAGUCGGGAAUGAACCGACAAACCAAGUUUUACAAUCCGGAUGACCCGACGACAUACCCCACCUCGCCCCAUGCAGAUAGCGAUACCCAGCAUUCUCCUGGACACCAUUUACCUGGUCCUUACCAGCAAACAACCCACGAGGAUCAAAGCUCGGGCUAUCAUCCGUCCACUACAUAUAGUGGGACGCUGGCGCAGGGAUACAGCGGAGCGCCAGAGGUAUAACGCGUUUUACGCUUUGAUGAACCUGUUUUCUAUGUUUGGGGGUUUAUGAUGUUUCCGCGGCUGUGAAGCAAUGUCAUACAGCUUAUUUAUUGGUAUGCAAUGGUUUUUGUACUAUUACUGGUGACCCUACAAGUCUGGCUGUUUCGUACACAUACGGUCAUUCUUCAAGAAUAUACGUGUGAUGAUGUUUAGGACGUCUCGCAUGGAUUUCCCUGUAGUGCCUGCUUAUCUUUCGCUUUGGACGCCAUGACUUUCCCAGCUUGAAAGACCACAUGUUGUGUUUUCCAUAUCCGCAGUAUAAACUCUAUCAUAAGGAC